AAUCCUCUCAGCCAAUGGCGCGCCGGUGAGGCUGCAUCACACAGCAUCAUUUCAUUGAGUGCCGCUCAGCUGAGCUCCAGCGCUUCAUCUGCUGCUCCUGUCCCGGACAAAGGAUGACAUCAGCGCAGCUUCACUGAGAAACACUCAUGUUCAUAUUCCUCUCAUCUCCGCUGCAGAGCUUUCCUGACUGAGAUGCUCUUUCAGCACAUGAACCGUUAGCGGCGAGAGAGGAGGAAGAGGAAGAGGACGAGGGGGAGGGGAGCCGAGCCGCAGAGAGAGAGAGAGAGAGAGAGAGAGAGAGAGGAAUCACACAGGAGAAGCAGAAUUCCAGAAGCACCUGUUCCCCUAAUAUGAUCAUGGAUAUUAACAUCCAGUCUCACCGCUUCUACUUCCCGCAGAUCUACUGCGAGCCCGGCGUGCCGCUCGCCGACAUCAAGAUCAGUGAGCAGAGCAUCUGUCAGGCCCGCGCCUCCGUCAUGGUCUACGACGACACCAGCAAAAAAUGGGUGCCGAUCAAACCGGGUCAGCAGGGCUUCAGUCGAAUCAACAUCUACCACAACACGAGCAGCAACAGCUUCCGCGUGGUGGGAGUCAAACUGCAGGACCAGCAGGUGGUCAUCAACUACUCCAUAGUGAAGGGUCUGAAGUAUAACCAGGCCACGCCCACCUUCCACCAGUGGCGUGACGCGCGGCAGGUGUACGGACUCAACUUCGCCAGUAAAGAGGAGGCCACCACCUUCUCCAACGCCAUGCUGUUCGCCCUCAACCUGCUCAGCAGCCAGGACGGAGGUCCAGCUGUUCAGCGUCCAGUCCAGAACGGGCCGGGUUCAGAAGAACUGGAGGUCCAGAGACGGCAAAUGGAAAUGCAGCAGCAGCAGAUGCAGGUGCAUAUCGAGCGGGAGAGACGAUCGUCCAACUCAGGUUCCCCGUUUCAGGGUCACCCCGCGGUGCUGUCUGUAGCUCCUCCCAGUGUGGCUCCGCCUCCUCUGUCGAUGGGCGGUCCCUGUCCUCCUCCUCCCCCGCCCGGGCCGCCGCCCCCCUCCGCCGGAGCUCCACCCCCUCCUCCGCCUCCUCUGCCUGUGAUUGGGUACGGGGGUCACGCCCAGGACGAUAGCCACGCCCCCACGGGUCUCGCCGCCAUGAUCGCCGGGGCCAAACUGCGGCGCGUGCAAAGGCCGGAGGAAAACUCAGCGUCCGGAGCCAAAAACGAGGCCAACCGGAGCAGCGGAGGACUGAUGGAGGAGAUGAACGCUCUGCUCGCGCGCAGACGGAGAGCAGUAGAUGAGAAGAAGGAUGGAGAAAGCCAAAGUGACGAUCCCGCGUGCCGUGGACAGAACGCCGCAGACGGUGUGAAGAAGCCGUGGGACCGAGCCAAUUCUGCGGAGAGAUCGUCACUGGUGUCCAGGGUUCGACCCGUGGGCAGCUUCAGCGACUCCGACGCGUUAGACUUCGACAGGAUGAAACAGGAAAUCUUGGAAGAAGUGGUUCGUGAACUGCACAAGGUGAAGGACGAGAUCAUCGAUGCCAUUAGACAUGAACUCAGUCGAAUCAGCACCACAUAGUGUCCAUCGAACCCCUGCGGACCCUGCUGUAGCCGACGCCGGACGUUACAGCCGUAUCAAACGCUGGUGUUAACUCGUCUGCAGGGUCGAGGGGCCCCGGGCGGAGCGGUGCUGCUGAAGGAAGGACACUUGCACUGAUUUUGGUGUCAGUCUUUUCAGAAACUGAAGAAAACGGAGCAAACAUCCGGAGUCCUUUUCAUUUGUCUGCAUUAUUGUUAUUAUUAUUGUUAUUAUAGGUACAGUUGUGUAGUAGUAGUGUUGUCAUGUAGGUAGAGGAAUUAAUAAUAAUACUAAUAAUAAUGAUGAUGAUAUCAUUGCUCAUGACUUCUUAAUUUUCCUCAAGAUUGAUCCUGAGCACAUUUCUUUUGCCAUAAUGCUGUGUUUAAAGACUGGAGGAGGGUGCCUGGAGCUAUUAUCUGAAGAACAAGCAUCUCACAGCACAGUGUUUGUGAUCAUGUUGUUAAGCAAGUGUUUAUCGGCUGCAGGACAUGCAGUACUGUUCUGUUAUGAUUUCUCUUUAUGACCAAGUGCUUCCUGGUUUGAAAAAGAUACAAAAUAAAAGAUAUACAUGACGUUCAAAAAGAAGUGAAAUAAAGUGAAGGAGGAGGAUUCGUGUGAAAUAAAAGCCUUUCAAGCUGAAAUCGGUUCUGUGUGGAUCAGUGACAGAAGCACAUGGAUCUGUGGGU